GAGUUCCUCAAGUAUGCCAUGUAUGAGAAGCGUUUCUUGACAUUAGACAACUUGAACACUUCAAUCAGAGAUUUUGACUAUGGCUAUUCUGAUGCUGCAAAUAAGCCGAGUUUGAUCUCAAGCAAAAUAUUGAACUCUGGAACAAAUUCUCUAAAACAAAGAGCUUCCCAGAUGUGGUGUCUUGGCCGUUUUCUACCAUUGAUGAUAGGUUCUCACAUCCCUGGAGAUGAUGAAAAGUGGCAACUUUUCAUAAUACUGCUGGAAAUUGUCAGCAUCAUUUUUGCGGAAGUAAUCACAAAAGAUAAAGCAGCACAUUUGAGGGACUUGAUAACAGACCAUCACACCAGAUUUGCCACCCUGUAUCCUGAAUGCUCUAUCAUCCCAAAGAUGCACUACAUACUGCAUUAUCCCCUGACAAUAGUUAGGAAGGGGCCAAUGAUACGGACAUGGACCAUGCGUUUUGAGGCAAAACAUGAGAGGCUGAAGAGGCUUGAUGGGAGUCUUGGCAAUUUCACCAACAUCCCAUGGACACUAUCACUUAGGCACCAGCUUAGGCAGUGCUAUGAACUGUCAGGAAGCAGACAUGGUCAUCCACCCAUUGAAAAAUCACUGGAAGUCGGACCAGGGCCAACUGGUGUAUUGUGAAUGGCACCAAGUACAAGAAGUGUGUAGCUGUUCACAUUGGUGGUGAUGGACUUCUGCCAAAAUUUGCAACAAUUUAAGAGAUAGUUACUGUACCUGCCAAGGAAAACACUAUUUGUUUUGUUGUAAAACAACUUGAAACAUUAAGUUAUGAUAACCACACCCACUCCUACAGGGUUAGGGUUUUGAACAGGGGAGAUGUUGAAGUAAAAAGGCAAACUGAUCUAGUUACUUUUCGGCCUCUACACAUUGUUACAAUGGGCAAUUAACAGUUUAUUUGCCCAAAAACGGAUGUUGAUGUCUACAACGAGUAAAUGUAGUGAUGUAAA